AUGCAGCAAGUGCUUCAUGCAGCAAAAGCUACUAACCUGUCAUCUGUUCUGAUUCUGCUUGAUCUCUCUGCUGCUUUCGACACGGUCAACCACAGCAUUCUCCUUUCCAUCCUCACCAGCCUUGGAAUCACUGGCUCUGCAUGGCAGUGGUUUGCAUCGUACCUGGAGGACCGUUCCUACCAGGUUUCAUCCCGCAUCUCAGCAUGUCUCAAUGAUGUCUCGAUGUGGAUGAGUUCUCAUCACCUAAAACUCAACCCCAGCAAGACUGACCUUCUGUUCAUCCCAGGAACUACAAGCCCUCACAACAAUCUCUCCAUCUCUUUCGAGAACUCACUGGUCACUCCAUCGGCAGAAGCAAGAAGCCUCGGUGUAGUAAUGGAUGACCAGUUAUCGUUCUCGAGCCAUAUUGCAAAUCUGACUCGGUCAUGCAGAUUUCUCCUGUACAACAUCCGAAGAAUUCGACCGUUUCUGUCUCAGGAUGCCACUCAGGUGCUUGUGCAGUCUCUUGUCAUCUCAAGACUUGACUACUGCAACUCUCUACUGGCUGGUCUUCCACUGCGAGCCACCAAACCACUACAGUUAAUUCAGAACGCGGCAGCACGACUCGUCUUCAAUCUUCCGAAGUUCAGUCAUGUGACUCCUUUGCUGCGUUCCCUCCACUGGCUUCCUGUUGCCGCCCGCAUCCGAUUCAAAACCCUGACGCUGGCCUACAAGGCAAAAAACGGACCAGCACCUUCAUACCUGAUGGCGAUGGUCAAAGCCAGAUCUGCACCAAGAGCUCUUAGAGCUUCCAGUACGGCUCGGCUCGAACCUCCAUCACUCAAAACACACAGAAAACAGACAUCCAGACUCUUCUCUGUGCUGGCACCAAGGUGGUGGAAUGAACUUCCACUGGAUGUCAGAACAGCAGAGUCACUCACGGUCUUCAAACGUCGACUGAAGACACAUCUUUUCAAAGAGUUCCUAAACUAAUAAUAAUAAUAAAA